AUGCGAACGCAUCCCACGUUUUACGUUGGUCGGCUUAAGCCGUACCAUCAGUACGCUGCUUCUUCCGAUGAAGAACGCCCUUGCGCUCAAGCAUCUGGCAGAGAGCCUUGUGCUCCCGAUGGUGGGCAUCAACAAGGGUCUGAAGAGCAGUUAUCUCAUCCCGAGACCGAUCGACAAUCCCACGAGAUACCCUUAGCUCGUCACGAAGAGAUGUCAGAGAUCUCUCGUUCUCAAGCUGAGCAAAGGAAAACUCAGCUCGAUGCUCAAGGCAGUGUCCGCCAUUUGGAGACGCCUAUUCCGCUCAUGCUCGAGGUCGUCGCGUAA